CACACGUUAGCAUGUCGCUAAUUAAGCCCCCGACCCCAGGGACAAAAAAGGCGCCAGCUCAAAAGACGGACAGCGGCCGAGCGAGUAGCAGAAGCGUCGAGUCAACUCCAAAUUCCUUACGUAAGCGUUCCUCCCGCUUGCCGGAGGAAUGUUUACAACACUUUGAGGCCAUUUGAGCUCAAAAGCUCAGCCAGGAGGAGACAAACUUCCUCCUCAUGCGGCUGCGAGAUGUUAAAAAAAAUAAAUAAAAAAAAAAAGAGAAAAUACGCAUGUUGACCUUUCCCGGGCGGGAGCCGGUCAAAGCGGCGAGUGUUCUGGCGAGGGGGGGGGGACGUCCCCCUGAAGCGCGGCCACCGCCCACCCCGCUUUUUUCCCAGCAGCCCGGCGGCGGCCCGCUCACUCCGCACGACGACGACGACGACGACGACGACAUGCGCCGCGCGGGCCGCCUGCUGCCGCUGCUGCUGGCGAGCGUCUUGACGGUCGGGGCGGCGCCCGGCCGGUGCCCGGCCCCGUGCCACUGCCACGGCGACCUGCAACACGUGAUCUGCGACGGCGUGGGCCUGAAGCGGAUCCCGCGCGUGUCGGAAUCCACGCGGCUGCUCAACCUGCAGAGGAACCCGCUGGGCGGGGUCCCCGGCGGCGCCUUCGGCCAGAGCGGCGGCCUGGUGUCGCUGCACAUGCAGCACUGCCGGCUGCGCCGGAUCGCCGCCAACGCCUUCAAAGGCCUGAGCCAGUUGGUGUACCUUUACCUGUCGCACAACCACAUCAGCAGCAUCCAGCCCCACGCCUUCCGAGACCUGAGCAGCCUCACCUACCUGCACCUGGACCACAACCGGAUCGGCGAGCUGGCCAAGGGGAUUUUCUCGCCUCUGGUUAACCUUUUCGUCCUGCGUCUAGACGACAACAGGCUGCGCCGGCUCCGUGCCGGCACCUUCGCCGGCGCUAAGGACCUGCGCUGGCUGCACCUCAGCGGCAACGAGCUGAGCGCGCUCGACGCCGGGUCGCUGGACGACGUGGAGAAUCUGGCUGUCCUUCACUUGGAGCGGAACAAGAUGGCGGCCUAUCCCGCCGCCGCUAUGAGCAAACUGCGCGUGGUGGAGGAGCUGACGCUGAGCGGGAACCCCAUGAAGAGCAUCCCGGACCGCGCCUUCCACAGCUUCGGGCGCUACGUGGAGAAGCUCCACCUGGACCACAUGGGCCUGGAGAAGAUGUCGGACGAGGCCUUCGCCGGCGUGACGGCGCUGACGGCGCUGCACGUCAACAACAACAAACUGCGCUGGCUUCCGAGGAGCUUGGAGCUGUCGCGUGUGUCCAAUCUGACCGUGGCCGACAAUCCGUGGACGUGCACGUGCCAGCUGGCACCGCUACGCAGGUGGAUGGACGCCAACGGCGGCGGCCCGACGGGGGCCGUCUGCGCCUCGCCGCCGCCGCAGAGGGGCAAGCCGGUCCGGGACAGCGCCGCCUUCGCCGCCUGCCGGGUCAAGCCCAAAAGGACCGAGGUGGCCGCCCGCCACUGAACGCUUCGGGGGUGGGUGGGGGAACCCGGCCGUCACGUGACUUGACUCCGGUCAGACUUUCCGACUUGCUCGAGUGCAGAAGCCCGUCGAGUGCAGAAGCCCGUCCGUUCGUCCGUCCGUCCGUCCGUCCGUUCGUUCGUCCGUCCGUUGGUUGGUUCGUUCGGCGAGCGAGGACCGCAGUUAGCAAAACCGAAUCCGAGCGGGAUUGCGUUGGCGUUACGGCAAAACUCCAAAGAGGAUUACGUUUCCCUGACGACGGUUACGUUUUGGAUCAAAUGGGAAAAAGACAAAGAAAAAAGCGCCGCUAACCUUGCGCUUUAGCUGAGCGAUUUCUGGUCCACCAAGCCAAGAAAAGGACGCGGUCACACGCUAACGCCUCUGAUUCAGAUCUUGAUCGUUGUAAAUGCUAAAAGUUAUUUUAUGCAAUAUACAUACUGUAUUGUUUUUGUGACUGUCCGAUGAAUCGGUAAUCUGAAUUCAAUAAACUACAGCUUGGUCAGGCCCGACUUCAAAUGCUUCUCAAAUCCUGCGUAGCAAACAAAUUUCAGCAAAAACAAACAAAAAAAAAAACAUUAAUGCGGACACGCAAGUCCUUCUACUGCACUCUCCCUCAAUUUCCUAACGGCGCCACUCAAGUGGACUUGGGAGAAUGGGAUUGGCCGAUAUUUGGAAUUGGAACUCGUCCGCCAAUUGGAGGCCCGCUUCCACAUUUAGCAGAGGAACGGAAGGGCUCCAGCGCAUACGCCGGCAGACCGUCAAGGAAAAGGGUUUGACUGCAAGUUGAAGAUUUUUCGGAACCAAAUUUUCUCUCGCCGAUAUCGAAAACCUCCUCCCGCGCAAAAUCCGUUUCUCGGGGACAUUGAUCAAAUUUUCACAUUUCCAGGCUGACUUUGAGCAAAUCUUUGCAAAUUCUCACCACUUUUAUGCAAAAAAAUUAUUUGGACUGUGGCGGCGCCGGCGACGUCCCCCGAGGGUCCCACUUUGGUGACUCGGGAGUAGAUCAUUCACUCAAUCGCUACGCAAGAGAUUUCCGGAGACUUUUUAGGAAGGAUCUGGCGUGCGCUGGAGCCCAACGUUUGGUUUUUGGCAAAUCUCGCCACCAGAGCCGAGAUCGUUGAGAGGUCGGCCGGGCGGGCGAACGGCAAACGUGAGCGCAACGUGACAAAUAUGUCACGAGCGGCUAAGCAAAAUUGGACUUUUGACUGAGGUGACGGACCGACGGGACUGGCUCGAAAUUUGGCGGAAUCCAACUCGGGAAAGCAGCGGCGGAAAGCAGACGCUGACGACUUGAGAAGGUCCCCGUGACCGGCGCGCGUGACUUCCUCCCACCCCUGGCCGCCUGGUCCUUGGCAGAUGGGUUGGUUUUUUUCCGCCUCUUUCCGGGCUCACAACUGCACGCCAACUUUUCCAGUCCCCCCCCCCCCGCUUGUUUGCUAACGCUUCUCGUUUGCGUCAGCCUCACGUUGCUCAUUCCACACCGAUUUGCCCUCAACGCCUCAAUAAAAGAAACCUUUGCACCACUUUUGGCACUUUUGCUCAUUCCAAUUGGGUGACACGGCGGCACAGGACACGACGCCCAAUAAUCCGUCCAUAUUUUGAGCCGCUUCCCCUCACGCGGGUCUUCAGGCGAGAGGCGGGGCGCGCCCACAACUGGUCGCCAGCCAAUCGCAGGGCAAAAGUAGUAAACGAGCGCUCGCACACCUACGGUCAAGUCCGAGUCUUGAGUCGGGACGCGGGAGUAAACCGUAGCAAAAGCGCGCAGGCACGGCGAGGAACGCACGCAAACUCCAUGGGGGGUCAGAUUUGAACCCGCAAGCCACCCUAAAAUGUACAAACUGAAUUUGAUUUUUCCGGUUUAAGAAUUUGUUGAUUGUUUGAUUGGAAAUAAGAAAGAAACAACUUUGAAAUGCAAAGCAAAUUAAUUGGUCGAUUGUUUCUUUUUCUUUUGUUUUUUUUAAAAAUAAGUAUUUUAUAUAUAGGGAGUCCUUGAAAACAGAUGGCCCCUUGAGUCCAUUUGCAAAACUUGGACUUCGGGACACAAGGCCUGCCUUUUGUCACCCUCUAGUGGGGAAAGCACAAAGCGCGCGUG